AUGGCGUCCGACGAGAAACCUCCUUCGAGAUUCUCUCGUCGGGUCACCUUCAAUCAAAAUCUCAUCAGCGGCUUCGUUCUUUUCUUCACCGUUGGCGUGUACCUCGCAGUUCUCGGUCUAGGCGCCGGCGGCGGUAAACCUUCUUCACAGCGAGUGAGCGACAUCUCCAAUAGUUCACUCUAUGGCAUUUACGCCAUAUUCGGCUUCUUCACUGGCGCUAUCAUGAAUAAACUUGGCCCGCGCCUAACUAUGACAAUUGGCGUUGCCGGCUACCCAAUCUACGUCGCUGGCCUCUUCUACUACGACCGCACCGGCAAGGAGUGGUUUCCAAUUCUCGGCGGCAUCCUUCUAGGCCUGAGUGCGCCUAUGCUAUGGUCUACAUCGGGUUUUAUCCAAUGGGCUUACGCAACUGAGGUCGAGAAGGGCAAGUAUAUUGCGAUUCAGUACUUCAUCAAUCAGGUUGGCAGCGUGGUUGGUUCGCUGGUAGCUUUCGUCAUCAUUUACAACGGGCAAUCAACGGCAGACGGUAGUCCGACGAGCGUGUACAUUGCCUUUCUUGUUCUUAUUUGCCUCGCCUUCCCAUUGACCAUCUUUGGCCUUGUCAGCCCCAGGACGGUUCGUCGCGCCGAUGGUACUUCGAUUGCCGUGUUCCACAACUUAUCUAUCGCUGAGGAGCUCCAUGGUGUGACCAAGGUGCUAAGGGAUUAUCGAGUUCUUGCUAUGCUCCCUGUCAUCUUUAGCUGCGAGUUGGCUCUGGGAAUCUUGCCUGCUAUCAAUGGACGGUACUUCAACUUGCGAACCAGAGCCAUGAACAACGUCAUCUUCUACCUUGUCCAGCUUCCAGCGUCUGUGGGAUGCGCAGUUCUCACCGACAGACUCCCGUUCGGACGACGUAUGCGUGGCUACAUAUCCGUGAGUGUUCUUGGUGCCUUUGUAUUCGCUGGUUGGAUCGCUCUGCUCGUUUGGGUGUCUGUGUCUUCGACGUGGGCAUCACCGCCGACAGGUGGCGUCGAUUGGACAAGUGGUGACUUUGGGGGACUUUUUGUCCUCUAUCUCCUCUUUGGAGUUAUUUACGGUUCGCAUCAGCAGAUUGGCAUGUGGGUAAUGGGCACUUUUACCAAUGAGCCUACUGUAUUGGCUAUAUAUGGUGGGUUGUGGAAAGGAGUUGCUGCUGGUGGCGUUGCCGUGCAGUUUGGUAUGGCUGCGGCAAACGUAUCGCACCGAGCACAAAUAGCCUUUGCGCUGGCGUUGCAGCUGGUCUCUAUCCCCAUCCUGCUUGUGCUCGUGGGAAGAGCCCGGGAGACAAACUACCAAUCUGAAGCUGAUGUUAUUGUGCCGCAUUACGCCGAGAAUAGCAAAGUUGAUCCUCAGAUGGUUGAUAACCACUAG